AUGGACGCUAAGCUCAAGGCCCUCAAGGUCGUCGACCUCAAGCACAUCCUCGCCACCGCCACCGUCCCAGCCCCCGCAAAGGCGACAAAGAGCGACCUCAUCACCCGCAUCCUCGCCAGCAAGCCCGCCCAGGACGCCUAUGCCUCCCUCUAUCCCCCCGACGACCUCCUCGCGCCCCCCGAAGAGGUCGACUGGAAUGUAGACCAGCCUGAAACAGCCCCAGCACCCGUCCCCGUCCCCGCCGCCCCGGCGUCACCCCCAAAAGCCGCGUCUGUCGCUGUCCCAACCCCAGCGCCGACAGCCACUACCACUACUGAUACCACCACCACCGUCACUUCUGCAACUGCAUCCGACAUCGACCCAGAGCUUGAGAAGCGCAGGGCUCGCGCCGCCCGCUUCGGCAUCCCUCUUGUUGAACCCAAGCAACCAAAAACCCAGAAACGCACUCCGGAGGCUAAACAACCUGUUCCAGCUGCAACAACCGUGAGCCCAGAGCAACUCGCAGCGCGCGCAGCACGCUUCGGCAUCACCCCAAAGGACCCCAAAGCUGCUCCCCAAACCAACGACAAGAAGCGACCUGCAGAGACAGUUGACCCAGAGGAGCUAGAAAGGAGGAGGAAACGGGCAGAACGCUUUGGCUUCCCCACCAAGGCCUAA